AUAGCAGCAAGCAUAUCCUACUCGUAACAUGAUAAGCACGAUAUGGUUAUGUGGAUAUUCAUGGUUAUAUAAAUAUUAAUUAGAAGGAUGUCGUGUAUCUGGAUAUCUUUAUAGUUAAUAUUUAUAGUAAUCUGAUUAGGCUCCAAGUAAGAACGGUAAUUGUAUCGUAAUGCUAUAAGCAUAUGGUUAUGAAAAUAUGUAAAGAUACCGGCAGUACGAUAAUCAAUUGCUAAUCUUUUACUUUGGCACGUGUUAAUAUGAAAUAAUGGUUAACGAACCAAAAAUAAUAAUUAUUGGAGCUGGAGCCGCAGGUAUUGCUGCAGCAGCUAGAUUGAUAGAGAAAGGUUUCGGAAACGUGACGAUUCUUGAAGGAAAAAAUCGGAUUGGUGGCAGAAUACACACGGUAGAAUUUUCGGAUAAUGUUGUAGAAUUAGGGGCGCAAUGGGUUCAUGGUGAACGUGGAAAUGUAGUCUUUGAUCUUGCUUCUCCACAUAAACUGUUGGAUUCGUCAAGAUGUUUCAACGAUUUCAAUGGACAUAUUUUUGUGACCGCGCAAGGUGAAAUACUACCAAAAAAGGAAGCCGUAGAAACAUUAAAGUUGUAUUAUUAUAUUUCCGAGCAUGUCACAGACGAUAUAAACAAUUCAAAUUCUUACGGAGAAUAUUUUAUAAAUCGUUUUUAUAGAAUUUUCGAGGAAAAUCCAUUUACUACUCCCGAUAGAGCAGAACAGUUGUUAGAUUGGAUGCAUAAAUUUGAUAAUUCGUUUCAAUGCAGUGAUUCAUGGUUUGAGGUUUCUGCUAAAGAAAUAACGAAUUAUUGGACCUGCGAAGGAGAUCUUGUACUUAAUUGGAAACACCGUGGUUAUAAAACACUGUUUGAUUUAUUAUCUCGUAAGGCCUGUGGUAAAAUGAACUUAUUGCCCAUAAUAGAAAAGAUUGAAUUUAAUAAAGAUGUUUCUAAUAUCGACUAUAGAUCGCGUAACAAUAUAGUUGUAAAAACAAAAGAUGGUGUUAAAUACACAGCAUCUCAUGUUAUAUUUACUCCGUCUCUUGGAGUUUUAAAAGAGAAACACGCUACGAUGUUCGCGCCGAUCUUGCCUGAUAAAAAACAACGCGCAAUCAAGGGCUUGAAUAUUGGAACCGUGAACAAGGUGUUCCUGGAAUUCUCGCAUAGAUGGUGGCAAGAAGAUUGUGCCGGCUUCAGUUUAAUUUGGUCCAAAGAAGAUAAAACAGAAUUUCUUAAAUCUCACGGACAAGAAUACGAGUGGCUGUGCGAUGUUUUUGCAUUCGUUCCUGUAGACUAUCAGCCACGAGUAUUAUGCGCAUGGAUCUCUGGCAAGUAUGCGAAACAGAUGGAAUCACUGUCCGACAGCAGCGUAUCCGACGGAUUGUUCCUGCUAUUAAAAAUGUUUCUCGAUAAAGCGUACAAUAUCCCGAAAUUUCAUCGAACGAUUAGAUCAUCGUGGUAUACGGACGAACAUUUCCGUGGAUCUUACAGCUUUAAAAGCCUAACGACCGAAAAGCUGAGUGCGAAGACAAAAGAUUUAGCAGAUCCACUUAUAACGGCCGAUGGCAAGCCUGUAAUUCUUUUUGCCGGAGAAGCAACGCACGAUCAUUAUUAUUCUACCGUGCAUGGAGCAGUUGAAACGGGUUUCAGAGAAGCAAAUAGAAUAAUAAACUUUCAUAGAACGUGUGGUUGGUUAAACCAAGCGAUAAGCAGCUUGAAGAAAUUGGGAAGGAUGGUGGGCAGUGCGAACCAGAUUACAGCAAGAACGAAAGUUGUAAUAGUAGGUGCAGGUAUAGCAGGAUUAUCAGCUGCAAAAACAUUAGAGGACGCAAAUUUUUGCGAUUAUCUACUGUUCGAAGCUCAAACCGUGAUUGGUGGUCGAAUUCGUUCGUUAGCGUGGAAUAAAAGUUGGAUAGAAAGUGGUGCUCAAUUUCUACACGGCGAUCAAAGUCUGUUGGCACAGUUAUGCUAUCGAAAUGGUUUACUUUCAGACGUUUCGUUUAGAGACGGUCAAGGUAUUUUCAUUCGUAAUAACGGUAUUAGAGUCGAUGAAACGAUAGUAGAAGAGAUAGACGAUCUUGUUCGUAACACUCUAGAAGAUUAUGAAAACAGAGACGUCGAACCAGGUUCUGAGAAUAUUGGCAGAGUUUUAACGAAUUCCUUAAAAAAACACUUGCAACAAAGGGACGAGUCGGCAACAAUAACAGACAUAAAAAAAGAGUUAUUCGAUUGGAAUGUUAGAUUCCUGAUGAUCGACAAUUCCUGUCUCACAUUAGACGAGUUGUCCACAAAAUACUGGGGGAAAUUCAAGUUUGUCGGAGGACCGGAAUAUCUUUCGUUUAAAGCCGGAUACAAUUCAUUAUCGAAACUUAUCGCCGAUGGAUUGAAUGGAAAAAAUUUGCGUCUAAACACUUCCGUUGAUUUGAUCGAGUGGCAACAAGUUGUCGUUAAGGAUCGCUCUACUCCUGUUCUACUCACACUCUCCGAUAACACGAAAAUUCUCACCGACUGUGUUAUAAUCACUAGCUCCCUUGGUUACUUGAAAGAGAAUUACAAAAACAUGUUCACCCCAGUGUUGCCGUCUCCUUUUGAUCAGGCAAUCGAAAGCCUUGGAUUCGGUUUGAUUAACAAAAUCUUCCUGGACUUUGGUACACCAUGGUGGAAACCUGGUACGAAAGGAUUUCAACUGCUCUGGAAGGAAAGCGGCGUUUCGGAUAUUUAUUGUAAUGAAACGCUGCCCACAUGGACCAGAGAUCUGACAGGCUUCGAUGUACUUCCCGAUCACGAAGGUGUGCUUCUCGGUUGGGUCGGUGGUCGUGGUGCCUAUAUCGUUGAAACUUUAAGCGAACAACAAGUAGCAAUAGAUUGCGCAACCUUGCUCAAACAUUACUUGAAGCUAGAUGCGAUGCCGUUGGCGAAAAGAUGUCUGCGAACGCAGUGGAACGCAAACAAUUACGUCCGUGGUAGUUACAGUCAUAUUUCAACAAAAUGUGAUGAGAACGGGGUAUCGCCGGCCACUUUAGCAGAACCAAUAUGGAGUAAAAUAAUAGGAAACUAUAGCAGUAAGGAUAUACCUGUUAUUAUGUUCGCCGGCGAAGCAACGCACGACAACUUUUAUUCGACGACUCACGGUGCUUACGAAACUGGUGUAAAACAGGCACAAGUUUUUCUACGGCAUCACCUUUUAAAAAAUUGAUCUUUAAAUAUGGCAAUAGUGAUCGUCGUUUUGUACAUAUGUAUACAUAAACGCACAGUUUUAGUUUAGAAGAAAGAGGAAAUUUUUAUAUUUGGUACUGUACUGGUAAUUUCGCGUUUAU